AUGGCCUAUUUCCACGUAUUUCAGUCUAUAACCAACGGUGGCCGACCGCCGGCUCCUCCGCCCAGCUCGACGAGCAACUCUGGAACCACAUCAUCUGCUGCCGGCACUUUUGGUAACCGUCGUCGAUUGGUGAAUCGGAUCAAGAAGGUCGAUGAGCUGCAUCCGGCGCAGGAGAAUCCCACAAUGGGAUCACACUGGCUGUCAGGAGAGGAGCGUUCUCGUCUCGAAGCGGUUCAACAGGAUUGGCGUCGGACGAGGCCUAUGAAAGUGAGUUUUCUAUCACCUACACCUGUUCAGUUUCAGUGGGGUACCAAACCGAGGCGGUCGGAUGAUCCAGUGUUACCAGCCGCACCGGAUGUCCCAUCGGGAUCGAAUGGUCCCGCCCCUUUACCAGCAGCCGUGGCAACCACAGCCGCCUCAACGAUAUCACAUCCGCAUAUCAACAAUCAUCAUGCCUCGAGAAUCCCUCAGGCGAUUACGAAUGGAACGACGACGCCGUUGGCACCUCUUCUGAUAUCACCGACGGGUCAAACGGCGACACCGUUAGUGAAGACGGGCCCGAUGUCACCGUCAAAGGGAAGUCCGAUUAAUGUGGCGGCUACAGUAUUACAGAAUGCAGUGUCAAGUCCACAACAUAGUAUAUUUGACAGAUCUAGGUUAACGAGUAAAAUUGCACCAAGCAUAUCAACAGCAGCUGCCCAGGAAGACAAGGACAAGCCACAAGCUCGUCAUGGGAUCCUCACUCAAGUCCGAACCCUAACUGACGCUCUGGUCAACGAAGGACCCAGAACGCUUACCGGAGACGAGGAGAAGAUUUCCGAGGAAGAAAGAGCACGAAAAGAGCAGGAAAAACGAGAGGAAGAGGAGAAGGCCGCUCGAAAAAUCGACAUUGAGGACGAUUUCGAUGCUCAGGAGAAGCCGAUCGAUAAGAGCAAGAACGGGCGGUUUCUGAAGUUCGACGAGGAGUUGGGACGGGGAUCGUUCAAGACGGUAUUCCGAGGGUUGGAUACGGAGACGGGUGUCGCCGUGGCUUGGUGUGAACUUCAGGAGAGCAAGCUGAAUAAGACGGAGAGGCAGAGGUUCCGAGAGGAGGCGGAGAUGCUAAAAGAUCUUCAACAUCCGAAUAUCGUGAGAUUCUAUGAUUAUUGGGAGAGCGCGGAUUUGUGUGGAAAGCGGAAGUAUAUUGUGCUGGUCACCGAGCUGAUGACGUCGGGAACGCUGAAAAUGUAUUUGAAGCGGUUCAAGAGGAUAAACAUCAAGGUUCUGAAAUCAUGGUGUCGUCAAAUUCUGAAAGGACUAUCGUUCCUACACACCCGCAACCCUCCUGUCAUCCAUCGUGACUUGAAAUGCGACAACAUUUUCAUCACCGGAACAACUGGAAGUGUCAAAAUUGGGGAUCUCGGUCUGGCGACGCUCAAAAACAAGUCAUUCGCCAAAUCGGUCAUCGGAACGCCGGAAUUCAUGGCACCGGAGAUGUACGAAGAGAUGUAUGAUGAGAGUGUAGACGUCUACGCGUUUGGGAUGUGUCUUCUGGAAAUGGUCACCGGAGAGUAUCCGUAUUCGGAGUGUAUGAAUCCGGCGACGAUCUAUAGGAAGGUCAUAUCCGGAGUGAAGCCAGAAUGCUUCUCAAGGAUCCCGGCUCAGUACCCAGAGAUUCGAGAAAUCAUUGAUCGAUGUAUUAGGGUACGAAGAGAAGAGAGAUCCACAGUGAAACAACUCCUAGUCGACGACUUCUUUACUCCAGAAGACCUCAUUGGAAUCCGAGUGGAGAUCAAGAAUCGAGAUGCGGAUCUGAACGAUUUGAAUGUAGAGAUACAGAUGCAGUUGAGAGUUUAUGAUGAAAAGAAACGGAAGCAGUACCGAUUCAAGGAGAAUGAAGGUCUCCAAUUUGCGUUUGAUAUUGAAAACGACUCGGCUGACGAAGUGGUACAACAGAUGAUUGAACAACAGCAUAUACCAGAUGAGGACACACGGAUGAUAACGAAGCUGAUAAAAGAUAAGGUGGAUGCGUUUAGAAGGGAUCGAGAUCAUAGACUGUUGGAGAUCAAGAGAGCCAAGGAGGAAGAGGAGAGGAUUAGAGAGGAGGCGGAGAUCAAGGAGGAGCUACGGUUGAGAGCAGAAGCUAAGGAGAAGGAGAGGUUAGAGAAGGAGCGAUUGGAGAAGGAAGCGAAGGAAGCGGCGGCGGCUGCAGCCAAUCCACCACCACCCACACCACAUAACUCGAUUCAACAUCAAGUUCCGCCAGCGCUAUCCACUCAGACAUCCACGGAGCCUGUUACCAUGGUGUCACCUACCACAGCUCCACAGAUUCUUAGUCCUACGAACCCGACGGCUCCAUCAAUGCCAGCCACAAUGAUCCAUUUACCAAAACCCACGGACAUUCCAGUGCCUGUCUCCCCAGCUCCAGUGAAGACUGAAGACGUCCAGACCCCCACCCUGGCUCAGAACACAAUCCCAAGAACUAUCUCCACAGAUGCAUCAGUUCUCAACGUCACCACUCCAGCUUUAAUUGCUUCGCCAGCUCCACCAACGGAGCCCACGCCGACAGAAGGAGCUCCAGAUGCCAAGGAGGAGAAAAAGAAGAGCAACAAGCGAAAAGUGAUGAUGGAGAUCCUAGGAUGCGAUGAAUCUAGGAAUUUCGCUCUGGUCUCCUGUCGACUCGACACUUCUCACAAAUCGGUCACCUUCCAAUUCGCGCCAGGCACUGAUAAGCCUAACACCAUUGCUACGAAGCUUCUAGCCGAAGACUGCCUUUUGAAGAUUCAUGUGCACAUCGUGGAAGCGCAGUUAAGUGAAGUUAUUCAGCUAGUGAAUACGGAUGCGAAGAAAGGAGUGGGCACGAAGCUGGCUACUGUACUGGACCCGAAUAGCACUGAACCACCAACGAUAACAGCUGUGAUGCCGAAGGAUUCGACGGCGGCUGCGAAGCCAAGGAUAGAGAUUGAGAAGACACCGCCGACGAGAGAAGUGUCACAGGAGCCGAAUAAUGUGCAAGUUACGCCUAGAAAACGAAACUUGCCAAAGUUAGACCACCACUUCAAAUACACUACCAUUGACUCAUUUCCAACUCCAUUCGAGUUACAGAACGUGCGGAAGAUCUCCCAGGAAUCGAACGCCGAAAGCGUUCAAGCGAUUCCUCGCCCAGCUGUCACUUCACCAACGGAUCCAGUAGUUGCACAACCAGCAGCGCCAGCACCAUCAGCCAAGCCGUCCCGUUUCCAAGUCACCAAGUCGGCAGAUCCAACUCCAGCUACAGUAGUCGCCACGCCUGUGAUCACCGCUGCUCCUCCACCAGCAGCAGCUGAACCAGUGUUGGUUCAACCGAUCACUUCUCAAGUCAUCACUCAUCUGGCCACCCCAUCUCCGAUUGCUCAUUCCUUAUCUUCAAACUCCUCCCCAAGUGCUACCACUCAUUCCAACAUGUCAUCGAUCCAAUCAACGAAUAGUGUGCCUGGCAGGCGGUUUACAGUUCAACCAGUGUCUCAAGCCGAGUCUGGAAUCUCUUCAUCCAUCUCAACACCUCAUCCAGAACAUCAUGGACCUCCACCAGUGCCAAGUGUUCCACCAGUUGUUGCCACGGCUUCCUUGAACCUUGAAGCCUUUCCUCCAACUUCGUCAUCCACAACAUCAACGGCGACGCUAGUAGCAGAAGUGCCACCGGCAGUCGUGCAGGUGUCGAUUCCAGCUCCAGCUCAGAUCCCACCAGAGCAAAUGGUAAUUGUGAACCAUCAACAACCGACGGAUGUGUUAACACAGCUGGAUAGCGAGCUUCGGAAGGUCAGUGGCGUUUCGCACUCACCAGCUACAGUAGUGGAAUCGAUGACACCGUCCAUCCCACUGGCUUCUUCUUGUCAAACUGUACCCGCAUCCAUUGGUCAGGCGCCAGCAGUCAUCGCCGCGGCACACGCUGCUGCUUUGAUCCCCAACGCAAGUGUCCCACAAUCACCGUCACGAUUAGAUGCGGAAUCUGGUCUUGCUGGUCUUCACGAGAAGCUGGAGGCGUUGAAACUGGAACAGGAUCGAAGGGAGGAUCUGGGAGCAUCAGCAGAGGAAGCAACGACUACAGAUGGAAAGGAUGAGAUUCCGAUUGACACGUUGAAGGGGUUGGCGGAGGCGUUGGGCAAGGUGAUUCAUACCGAUGGACGCGAGACGACGCCGAUGCCACCCGAUCAUCCGGACCUCACGGAUGCGUCUACGCAACAGCUCGUCUCACCACCGCCUAACCCGGAUCUUCUCACAACCGCCGAUGCUGCUCCAUCAUCAGAAGACUUGGAUGUGACACUCACCUCUUCAGUUCCACCUGCGGCUUCUGAAUCCGUUCCAGCCACGAUGACGAUGAGCACGACGGCUAUGAGCACUACCGAUCAAGAGUGUGCCCAGUCGAUGACGUCAUCGAUAACACGAAACACGACUGGAACCAAACUGGCCACUUUUGAGAAUCUCGAAACGGCGUUAUCGUCGACACUCGGAACGCAUAUUCGUCAGCCGAAUGCACCGUCUUCUCGCGAUGAGACGACGGGACCGAUAACGCCGAAUCAAUUCACGACGACGAACGGAGGAGGUGGCGGGGGAACAUCGUUUAGCAUCGGAACACCUCCUAGCCAUAGUCCGUUCCCGGUAUCGGAGUGUGAUUAUGAUCUAAAGGGUCAAAUGGAUUUGGAAGGCGAGGAUCCGGAAGUGAUUCAGAUGAUUCAUCGACAUCGCCUCGAACAACACAAACUUCUCGAAAAACAACGUCUGGAAAUUGAACGCCUUCGCUCGAAGGUUCGCGUGCCGCCACGUGCCACAUCGGUGAAUCCCGAGAUGAUCAACGACUGUGCCGACGACGCGGAUGUUACGCUGACUUCACUUCAGCAAUCGUUGACCAGUGCGUCGAUGUCACUGCCGGCGAGUCCGCCGCCCAAUAUUGAGGUUAUUGUAGUUUUGGUACCUCCGGCCAUGGCCACAACUCCUAUUUUAUGCCCCGUAACCCUAACUAAAGGCGCCACCAGAUUCCAGACAAUGAAACAACCCAGCCAAAAUGGAGUGACGUCAUCAACGGACCCCCAACCACCAGCACCAGCGCCGAUCAAUCGAAUGAGCAUGUCUCAGUCGUCGAACAGAUCAAGCGUCGGCUCGGCUUCGUGCCGUCACCGGGACAAUCAAUCGGCGCCGCCGCCACGUCAUCAUCACCAGCACCACCGCCACCACCACGCAACUUCGUCAGCUAUUGCUCAGCCGCCAAGCCAGGUGGCUCCGCCUGCCCCGACGACAACGAUCAACUCUCAUCACCAACAUCCAGCGGGUGCUCAUCAGAUUCCCCCACAGGCCUGA